ACCGGUACAAGCACUAGCAAAAGCGGAAACAGCAGAAAGAUAGCUAUGAAUUAUGAAACCAUCAAGAACGGAUGAUGGUUUAAUCAGUUCCGCAAUGGCUGUAAUCCCUGGAUGGCUAGAUAUGUAUACGGUCUUAUAUUCCUCAUCGCAAAUCUACUUGCUUGGGCUGCUCGUGAUCAUGGUCGGCGUGCCUUAAAUAAAGUAAUAAAAUUCAAGAAUUGUAAAGAAGGAGAAAAUUGUUUAGGACAGAAGGAGUCUUGAGGGUUAGCUUGGGAUGUUUUGUAUCCUUUCUUGAUCAGUCUUGAAAUACUAUAUGUAUGAUCAUCUUACAACACAUUUCGGAAAAUGUUUUAUGAAUCGUCAGCUGUUCUAUUUCGUAAUGUAGAAUAAUGCCAUCAAUCUUCUAAGUCUCUAAGUCUAAGAGAGGUUUUGCCAAAGCUAAUAACGCGAGGAGCACGUAAGUUGGGGCAAAAAGGAAUCAUUAUCUUCUAUAAAUCUCAUCGUCAUCUUUUUCCUCGACGAAGAGUCCGUUACAGAAACAGAAUCAGAAGAGAGCUAGAGAGCUCGAAAUGAGAUGAAAGAGUGAGAGCGCUUGGCUUGGUGGGAGUGAGCUAGAGAGAGAUGUGAUUUUCGGUUUAUCUAAGCUCAAAGCUUAAUCUUCUUCCUCAAUCUUGUAACUCGGAUUAGGUGUAAUCGAGAGAGAAAGAAGACGAGUGAGCCUCCGGUGAGGUGAUGUACUAUGUAAUCACAUUGAUUAUAGUGGAUGGUUGAGAGAUGAUUCUCUCCUCGGUGAUGUAUAGCGGCUUCUCCACUUUAGAGAAGUGCGGUGAACAGAACAAACUCUCGUGUGUUCUUUAUUUAUUUCUUGCUUGAUUUUGUGAUUGAUUAGAUUCUUUUAGGCUUGAGAUAAUUAUUGAGUUAAGACAAGAUUACAGGAUGAAUCCUCAACACGUAAUGUUUCUAUCAACACUUGGCACGUUAAAAACGCAUUCAUCAAGAGAUAAAUGGCAUUCUGGAUGGUGAUCUUCUAAGCUUAUCAUGUGGCCUGCUUUAACCAUCAUUCCUUUCUUGCUUCCUUCUACCAUUAUUCUCCUUUACGGAGAGCUUGCCCAUUUUGGGGCAGGGGUAUUUCUACUCAUACAGCUAAUUAGUGUCAUUAGUUUGAUUUCAUGGCUCAACGAGUACUAUCAGUCCCAAAAAGAUGCAGAAAGAUGCCAUGUCCGUGUGAUGCUACUAGCAACAACUUCAUACACAGUGUGUAUAGUUGGGGUGAUUUUUAUGUACAUAUGGUACGCACCCGAUUCUUCCUGUCUUCCCAAUAUAUUCUUCAUAACUUGGACAUUGUUCCUCAUCCAGCUCAUGACAUGCAUCGCUCUCCAUCCUAAAGUCAAUGCUGGAUACUUGACUCCGGCUCUUAUAGGACUCUAUGUUGUGUUUAUCUGCUGGUGCGCCAUUCAAAGUGAACCAGUGGGAGAAAACUGCAACAGAAAAGCAGCAGCUUCAAACAGAACGGACUGGCUUACAAUCUGAUGAGUACAGAAGCUGAGCUGGCACAAGAAGACUCUUUGAAUGAAGCUGAGCUGGCAACUGAAGAAAGAAGAGACUGUUAAGAGAUAUUAUAAAUAGACCUCUUGACCUUUACGGCUAGAUCAUCUUGUAAUUGGGAUCUUUAUGCAAAUCAGAGGAGUGUCUCUGCACUUGAGGCAAGUUCAGAGAGGUUUCUCUCUGGAUUUGAAGGACCUUGGUUGGCGUUAGGGUUCAUAGCCUUCUCGUCUUGGUAUUGUUACGAGCUUUGUGGUUGCGUUAUUGGCAAUGGCGAUUGCCACAUUUUCGACAGGAAUAGACUCGCAAUGUUUCCGAUUCAAGAAAGAUGUGUGUAGUGAAGGAGAGGAGGAAGAUGGUGUUCCAUAUGGAUAUGGAUUAUUCCAUUUUGUGUUUGCGACAGGAGCAAUGUACUUCGCUAUGCAACUCAUCGGUGGAUGACUGACGUGGGAUGGACGAGUACUUGGGUGAGGAUUGUGAACGAGUGGGUUGCGGUUCGCGUAUACAGUUAGUACAAACAAACUGAGAGACAAUUAGAAUGAUCAUCCUUAAAACUCCAAGAUUGGGAGACAGUUUUUAAUAUUUUGUUGAUGACAUGUUAUGACAGUAUGGAUGCCAAUCAUGCUGAAGUGCAGAAGACAAAGAGCAAGUGGGACAUGAGCUUUAGG